AUGCGCUUCUCUUUGCUCUCCUUGUGUGCGGCCUCGGCUGCGGCUACUGAUCUUCUGCUUCCUCUGUACACCUACCCAGGAACCAACGGUGCUAGUUGGUCUUCUGUGGCCUCUGCGUUGUCCAGCAACUCGGAGCUCUCCGCAACCAUCAUUAUCAAUGUGAGCAACGGCCCUGGUAGCCCAUUUGGCACUACUGAUGGACCCAACUGGACUGCUGGAGGCAAACUGCUCGCAGACCUGCCCAACGUGUCUUUGGUCGGAUAUGUGCACUGCACCCGCUGCCAGCGUGCAAUCGCCGACGUCAAAGCAGACAUUGCCCAGUGGGCCUCUUGGAACUCGCAGGGAGUCAACGUGGGUGGUAUCUUUAUCGAUGAGGCACCCAAUGAUGGUUCUUGCGUGCAAUACAUGUCGGAAUUGACACAGUAUAUCCGCUCGCUGGACGGCCUUGGCGACUCGGUGGUCUACAACGCUGGCUUCCCAGCUACACCGAAUAUCCUCGACUCUUACUUUGCUCUCAACCCAACCUACAUCUCGGCUUUCGAGACCUGCUGGUCCCCUACCUCGAACGGCGAAGACCUUUGCGAUGGAUCGUAUACUCCUUAUGACCAGGAUGGCUACGGCACGAGCAUUGACAACGUUCUGAAGGACUGGGUCGGUACUGAGAACUACGCCAAGACUGCCAUUCUCGUUCACGGGUUCCAUGGAAGCAACGGAUUCGCCACUGCCAACAGCGAAAGUCUGCUGAGUGCAUCUGAAGCCAUUGUCGCCAGGGGAAUUGGUGCCGCUGUCUUCACUACCAACCACUGGAUCACCCCCGACGCUGCUCCUGCAGAUAUCCAGACCAUGGCAACUACCCUCAACGCAGCAAACAAGCAGUGA